ACGUGWGCAACUUUCCACGACAGUUCAGGAAGCGUUUGCACGUUAGCUACACAGAUACGAUUAAGGAGUCAUUAGCUCGUUUUCGCGAAGGAACAAAACAAAAUAACACUAUGUUGCCAACCACCUCGCAGCACAGCAACGGCGCCCUCAGCUCCAGGGACGCGGCGCGCCACACAGCCGGCGCCAAACGUUACAAGUACCUACGGCGGCUUCUCCAUUUCAGGCAGAUGGACUUUGAAUUUGCGCUGUGGCAGAUGCUUUACUUGUUCACGUCGCCACAGAGAGUCUACCGCAACUUCCACUACAGGAAGCAAACCAAGGACCAGUGGGCCAGGGACGAUCCUGCCUUUCUGGUCCUCCUCAGCAUCUGGCUUUGUGUGUCCACAAUAGGUUUUGGUCUUGUACUGGAUAUGGGACUAGUGGAGACCCUGAAACUUCUGCUGUGGGUGGUUUUUGUUGACUGCAUUGGAGUCGGUCUGCUCAUAUCAACCCUUAUGUGGUUUAUCAGUAACAGAUACCUGCUGAAACAUCCCAGCAGAAACUUUGACGUGGAGUGGGGUUACGCGUUCGACGUUCACCUCAAUGCUUUCUACCCACUUCUUGUCAUCCUGCACUUUCUGCAGCUCUUCUUUAUUAACCACUUGGUGGUAAUAAAUUUCGACUGGUUCCUGGGUUAUUUUGUCGGGAACACCUUGUGGCUGAUUGCCAUUGGUUACUAUCUCUACAUCACCUUCUUAGGUUACAACACUCUGCCCUUCCUGACAAACACGGCGGUCCUCCUCUACCCCUUYGCUCUGCUCGUACUCCUCUACAUCCUCUCCGUCUCGCUGGGCUGGAACUUGACUCGGGGUCUCUGCUGGUUUUAUAAGUACAGAGUCCAGUAGAAGCACUUUGGGUUGGACACUAACGGGGCCCUGAGCCGACCUGAACCCUGUUUCUGACUUACACCUUCGUGACAAAGUAUCCAGCUUCUGUCGGUCAGCGUGUUGGGACUGGACUGGCGCUGAUCCAGUUGCUUUYUGUUAAACUGGAUCUCCGGUCAGCAAGCUGUGAUGGGUUUGGACUAGCUGCAGAAACGAGGAGACAGUUGAGACUUUUAUCCAAUAUUUUCUUUGUAAAUAACAAAUUAAAAAAAAACACUGAAGAUUCUUUUUCUGAGGAGGAUAAGUUUGUUUUCUUAAAAAAAAAAAGACUGAAAAAAUGAAAACCUGCUCAUGGAAGAGAAAAGUGGCUACAUGAUGGAUGUUGACUUUUUUUUCCUUAUUUUAUAGUGUACAUUCCAAAGCACUUUCAAUAAAGGGUUUUAUUAACUUAAACUA